GUCCCAACCUGCGAAGUGUCACCGUUGAGAAGCUAAUCGCAAUCAUGUCGAACGAGACAAAUGCGACGGACGAUUUUCCCGACUACGACAUCAACGAAUCGUACAGCCACUUCAACUGGGCGGAACUUGCGCCUGUCCUCGUCGUCUACUCUCUCACCUUUUUCCUUGGAUUAGUCGGAAACCUGCUCAUCAUCGCCUCGACGCUGUGCCCGCGAUUGAGACCUCUACCAGCCACGCCGACCAACGUCUUCCUGGGAGGUUUGGCAACGGCCGAUCUUCUGCUCAUUAUCUUCUGCAUUCCCGUCAAGGUCGCCAAGCUGUUCUCCUACACAUGGACCAUGGGUCUGUUCCUAUGCAAGUCGGUGCACUACAUGCAGAGCGUGUCUGCCAUCUGCUCGGUUGUCACCCUGACUGCGAUGUCGAUAGAAAGAUAUUAUGCGAUAGUUCAUCCGAUGAGAGCACAAUACACGUGCACAAUCAGCCAGGCUCGUAAGAUCGUGAUUAUAACUUGGGUGGUCUCGUUCCUGCUCGGUAUUCCGAUGAUUUUCACCCAGACGCACAAAGAAGUGGGACUCAGAGUAAUCGCUUAUUGGUGCGUCAGGGACUCCGAUGCAGGACUUUUGUGGCUCGCUCACGAGGUCUAUAUGCUGGUGCUCGUCCUCAUCUUGCCCGUCACUGUCAUGGCAUUCUGCUACACGGCGAUCUGCUGGGAAAUCUGGCGCGUCAUGAAACGCCGAUACCAUAUGACGUCUCGACACACAUUAAACCCGAAUAACGCGGACACCGAGUCGAUACCCAUGACCCAGCGGCAGACCAUGCGAAACGGCAGACGCUCUUGCAGAGAAGACGGACAGACCGAAGAGGAAUCCAGGACCAUGAAACAGGUAGUGAAGAUGCUGGUGGCCGUGGUGGUGCUCUUCGUGAUCUGUUGGGGCCCCAUCCUCAUCGACAAUAUCCUCACCGCUUCCGGUUAUCUGCCGUACAAGAAGAGUAGCUUGCACAAGCACCUGAACACCGCCUUCCAACUGAUGGCUUAUUUUAACAGUUGCAUAAAUCCGAUCAUUUACGGGUUUAUGUCGAAGCACUUUCGGGAAAGCUUCCUGGCGGCGGCCUGCUGCAGAUGGUGGAUUUGCUGUCCGAGGAAAGGCUACAGGGAGCCGGUGAAAAGAUACCCGAGUCUCAGUCAGACCAGAACGACCAGCGUCAGAUUGAUUUGGGUACACGUGUACGGUACUCUGAGGCGGUACACUCUGCACGCAGUGAAUCGUGAAUCGCAUCCCUUAGCGUAACAUCCCACCGAAUAAGCACAAUGUUAUCGUUGCUCUUUGAUAAUCCUAAGAUUUCGACGGACACGAAAAUCCUUCCGGGAGUCGAUGCAUCGAAGCUCGACGAUAUGGCAGAUUAUAGUGCGACACCGUGGCAGUGUGUGCGACUCUACGAGCACCCGAACACACGUAUAAAACACGUCUAGGGCCACGGAGCACGAUUUCCAUCUAGAUGGACUUGAUUCUUCUUCCGUCGUGGCCGGCCCACGUCAGACGGCAGCUAUUUCGCAGGUAAAGCGCUAACGGGAGGAAAUACGAGAGCGUGAGAGAAAAGCGAAGAAAAGGCGAGGUCUCUGCGAGCUGCCAGGGAAAAAGUUUCAGCCCCGGAAGGAGCGGCCCUUGUCCAUCGGAACCCAGGACGCCGCGAAUCUCGGCUCCUUAAUUCAGAAGUUACGCCGAGGGACCGAAACUUUCGUUUUAGCCUAGGCGAAUCCUUUCAGCCGCGCUGGAAAUCGGAAGUAACGCGGAACGAUCCCUCGAAGAACGUCCGAGGAUCGCAAUAAGGCUUCCACGGGAUGCCAAACUCGGCAAAAUAUUCGGGGACGCAUUUUCUUUGACAGCCGACGCUCGGAUUUAGGGAACGAAGGGUAAAUCUACUCGGCGAAAUUCAAGGAACGCCGAGUUUCGACCGAGAAAUCGUCGAUAAGAAGAUUCGGAAAGGUUCGGUCUGCUCGUUUUGCGAAACUCGACCCUUGAAAUAUGCGGCGGAAUGUUGUAACGUUGCGCUUGAAUUUCAUUCUCGAAAUAAUUCGCUCGCGCGUGCUUUUUCCAGGCCGAGGUUUCGCCGGAAAAAUGUUUGCGGCGCGACUUUUUUGGUGCAUUCUCAAACAAUGUACCCCGUGGAAUUUGUUUGUCGAAAACGCGCACGUGUUGCACGUGGACUUCGUUCUCCGGAAUGAGCGAGAUGUUUGUGCGAUGAAGCGUGUUGGUAGCCGCGCGGACCAGGAGGAUCGUUUUCGCUCUGUGAACGCGAACAAUGGUCGCUGAAAAUGCGUCGAAUAUCUUUGACGAGUUUUGCAUCGCGAGUGAUUUUCAUCUACGUUAUUGCAUGGUUUUCGGGGGCAACCACGAAAAUUGUCGGACUGAUCGUAUAUAACAAUGUGCAUUUAAUUAAAUCCUUCGGCGAGAUAGCGUUCCGGCAGAGUCGUUCCGUGCGCGUUUCGAAGCGCGGCGGCUUGAAUUUGCAUAGAAAAAUGUGCUGUUCGUUUUUCGUUCUUGAUCCAUUAACGCGGUCGACGGACAGAUUCGAAUGAAAAAGGACUCGGGCGCGCAUAGGGAGCACGAAAAGCACGAUUCCUGGAGCAAUGCCGUUUCUGUUCGUUUCAAUCGGCGGGCGCAUCGAAACUGUUUCCCAUAAUCGACGGGGCAUUAAUUAAGUGCAAGACGCCGAUCGAGCGUGUUCGUUCGUCUAUCGACGCGCGCAAGCUUUAGGAAGUAAUUCGAAACUAGAGUACGUUCGAGGAAGCAACGCGUGCAGCGGAUCGAACGUUGUAAAAUUAAUUGUAAAAUAGGGAUACUACUAAUCGCAUCUCUUCUCGUCAUAUCAUUCGAUGGACGCGCUCCUAGGCGAGCGCUGUCGCGUAAUUGACUCUCCUGUGGGCAACCGAUAAUUCAUUCCAAUCCCUUUUCCGAGGCAGACGAUUUUUCAUCUUUCCUCUGCGGACCCAUCGCGAUCUGUUCGUAAAAUAAUCGAGGAAAGAUUUCGUACGCAUGUGAACAAAUUCAGGAUACGAAAUUUUGAUUCGCAAACGAAACAAUUUCCGCGAACCGGGGCUCCAACAAACCAAUUUCACGGUUCCAUUCGCGAAACCGUAAAAAUCGUUGGAAAAAAAAUGCUGGAAAUAUGCAGGCGCCCGGUUGGCCACAGGAAGGUAAAUCGAUAUAGGUGUAAUAGUAAUCGAGCAAAAAAAAAAUAACUCUUCGAUUAUCUACAUCGUAGAAAUGGGGAAACGAAUCGCUAAUCGACUGACAGCCGAAGUCUAGCUUCCCGAUCGGAUCCGAUCGAUUCAAUUUAGAUCCUUAAUCCCGUACGAUAGCUUCCUCGAGGUGGCCCAGAGCUCUCGACAGUCUGGUAAGUGUAUUUUUCCAAUUUCGUCGUGCUUCUGUGUGUUAAUCGCGAACGGGGUACGCCAACGAGGCUGUUUCUUCGUGGCGUAGCUCGUGGUUCCGCAACGAUUCGCGCGCGAUCGUGGCCGUUAAUGGCGGCGAUAACGAAUCACGAACUCCUAGGAUAGAGAGACAGACUUUUUCUAAAACAUUUCGCGCAUUCGUUCCGCUCAAUUGUCCCGCCUACAAUUAUGGAUACGAACGCUUUUACAACGCGCCGCGCUGUCCGUUCGACGAGCUUCCUGUUCUCGCGUGCUAAUUACAUUACGGCUGCGUUCAGUUCUCCUGUUCAAUCCCGCGCGAGAAGGGUGCGAAGGUAAAAAUUGUGUACGCGUGGCGGCCCGCGAAUCUCGUCACGGACAAAUUGUUUUGUACAAAGUGGGAAACACCGUUACGUCGCGUCGCGUCGCAACUCUCGAAUUCAUCGGGAAUUUCGUCGUUAUUCGGGGCCUCCGCGACCCACGAACAAUGCGUCCUGACACGGCUUUAUUUAUUUUUCCAUGACGGUCCACGAGGCGACAGAAUGUAUCGAUUUUUCUACGUGGACAUCUCUGCGUGUAAAUAUUUGAAUAAACUGGCGAACAACCCCGAACAAUGA